AAAAGCUAUGUGGAGCAUGUAAACACCGCUAUCUGAUUAUUAUCUAUGUACAUACAUAUGUACAUCUUCUUGUAUUUAAAAUGACGAACCGUAAUAGAAAAAUAUAAUAUGAUAUCAGUGUUUUCAAUUACUUGAUUUCACAACUUGAGCGCAAAUGGGAAGUUGAGAUGCCAAGUCGGAAGUCAGAAGUAUUCCUACUGCUGAACUUAACACGCAACAUUUAAUAACUAAUCAUGUGGCGCUUUUUUAACGGUUUUACAAAGCACUCGAUGUAUAUCGGUGGGGGCCAAAACCAAUUACCAUUUUAAGCGGGACAAUAAAUACUGGAAAACAAUGUGCCCGUUUGACACUGUGCGUAAGAAAUCGGCGUCGCGUGGCUUGGACAGAUUAUCGAACAAAACAAAAUUCGACUAUAGAAUCUCUUAAUUUCGUUUUCAUCCUAAAGAGUCCGCGGUGGACCCAGUGAAUCUAUGGCCACGGACACGGUGUCCAACGGCGAGAACUUCGCCCAGCACUUAACCAACAACAGCGACGACGACGUGAUCUGUCCCACAUGCGACGUAAAGAUCAAGCGCAGUCAGGUGGCCGAUCACUGCCAAGUGGAGAUGGAGCGAUUGCACAAUCCCCCCAUUAGCGCUGUCAAUCCACCGGCCACAGCUGUCGGAGCAAGCGGACCAUCCGCGUCCGAAAACUCCGGUUCGGGAUCGGGAGGCAGACAACCGUGGAGCGUGUUCCAGCGGGUGCAGCGCAAUCGGCAGGCCCGUCAGCGCCAGCGCACCAGGAAGCGUCCGGCUUCUCCUGCUCCAUCAGCAACUGCAAAUCCUACGGCAGCAGCUCCUCCGCUUCCAGCAGCAGCAACACCGUCCGUAGCUGCUGCCGAAUCGAGCCAACCCACCUGUCCCGUGUGCAACCACAACUUUCCGCAGUCCAAUAUCCAAGAGCAUGUAAAUCAGUGCCUGCGCCAGAGCCGCCGAAAUGGUCAGGCCAAUGGGGAACGGCAUUCGAGUGAGGACUCGGAGGACAGCGAAGAAUACGAAGAGUACGAGUGGGCGGGACAGAAGCGCAUUCGCGUAUCCACACUCGUGCAGGGUGGCUAUUCCGCCUUGGGCCUUGGCCAGACUAUCAAAUACAAUGGCAGCCAGCAGGCGCAGGACGACGAGGACGAGGAUCUCAACGUGGACGAGGAUGAUACACACAUAUACGGUCCUACGCAGUAUGGCGAGGGCGAUGUGAUCCCAUUGGUCAACGAAGACACGGAGGGAAAUGUAUCCGAGGCGGAUGUUACCAGCUAUGUGCGCCGACUUAUCUCCUCCAGCGAUGGGCCCAAGCCCAACCAUUCCAGCGAAGCCAUCGAGCAAGAGACUGCCACUACCAGCAACGUGGAGGCUUCACCUGGCAGCGAGGAGCCAUCUACGUCGCGGUCUACGCGUUCCACCUCCCAGAACCAGCAGCAAAUCAUCGAAUCGCUGAAGGCCAAGCUGCGGCUCUACGAGAAGCAGGCGCAGGGCAAGUACAAGUGCCUGAUCUGCAUCGACGACUACAAGAAUCCCGCCAUCUCCGUUUCCUGCUGGCACGUCCACUGCGAGCAGUGCUGGCUUCAGACUCUCGGUGCGCGAAAGCUGUGUCCGCAGUGCAAUUCGAUCACAACGCCGAAAGACCUGCGACGAAUCUACCUGUAGACGUCCACCUCAGACUUGUUAUCCCCGCUGCCAAAUUGCUUUCGCCAUAAAAAAGGCUUUGCUCCCAACGCAGCUGUAGAUGAUAAUCCCUAUACAUAUUAUUUAUAUAGAUUACAAAUACCAAUUAUAUUACGUGACAUUACAAUAAGCCUACCAUGUAACUCUUGCAAUGAACCGCAGAAAACAUAAUUAAUAAGUAAGUGUACUUAAAGGAUAAUUUUAAUGAAAAAAGCAUGUAAAAGAGGAAAAAGCGUUUAAAGACAUGCUAACUAUAGCGAUUUUCAAACGAGUUAUUUUAAAUUUCUUAUUUUGAACUAAAAUCAAAAUGCAAUUAAAACAAUCCGUACAA